CUGUGAAUGAAGCAACCUGCACCUGGAGUGGGCAGCUGCCUCCCCGAAACUAUAAGAACCCCGUUUACUCCUGCAAAGUAUUCCUGGGAGGAGUCCCGUGGGACAUAACGGAAGCUGGACUGAUCAACACCUUCCGUGUUUUUGGCUCACUGAGUGUGGAGUGGCCUGGUAAGGAUGGCAAACACCCACGCUGCCCUCCCAAAGGAUAUGUCUACCUGGUGUUUGAGUCAGAGAAAUCUGUGCGUGCUCUGCUCCAGGCAUGCUCCCAGGACCUGCUGAGUCCUGACGGGCUCAGUGAAUAUUACUUCAAGAUGUCCAGCCGCAGGAUGCGCUGCAAAGAGGUGCAGGUGAUCCCAUGGGUGCUGGCAGACAGCAACUUUGUGCGUAGUCCAUCGCAGCGGCUCGAUCCCAGCAAGACGGUGUUCGUGGGGGCUCUGCACGGGAUGCUGAAUGCAGAAGCCCUGGCAGCUGUCAUGUAUGACCUGUUUGGAGGGGUGGUCUAUGCUGGCAUUGACACAGACAAGCACAAGUAUCCCAUUGGAUCUGGCCGUGUCACCUUUAACAACCAGCGCAGUUACCUGAAGGCAGUGACCGCUGCGUUUGUGGAAAUCAAAACUACCAAGUUUACUAAAAAGGUUCAGAUCGAUCCGUACCUGGAGGAUUCUAUGUGCCAAGUCUGCAGCGCCCAACCUGGUCCUUUCUUCUGCAGAGACCAAAUCUGCUUCAAGUACUUCUGUCGCUCCUGCUGGCACUGGCAGCACUCCAUGGAGGUCCUGCGUCACCACCGCCCGCUGAUGCGCAACCAGAAGAACAGAGAUUCCAGCUAA